AUGGUUGCCAAGAAGAAAAAGUCAAAAGGGCAAGAUCCGAGCGUCCCCCAAGCGGAGGAUAGCCAGGAGCCGAAGGAAGCAGGAUUCGAGCCUGUCUUGAAUGACCUCAUUGCAACAUCCAAGAAAAUAUUGAGGGAUUCGGAGAAAUUCCCAAGCGGAGUCGAGUACACCGAAUAUAUGAACAUUGAGGACUACGCCAACAAGGUCAAGUCGCUGAACGAGAAAUUCAAGACCGCAACCGAAAAGAUAAACGUAAUAGCAAAGAAAUUGAGCGCAGAAGGAGGUGGAAAUCAUUCGUUACUGGAAGAUCUGCUCGCCAUUCACGUGGAGCAGAGAGCUCUUUUGACUAGCGACGCUCCGGUUCCUGCAACUCCAGUGAAUAAACGAGUAGACAUUGCUCCCCCUCCAGCGCCUGAAGUGAGUAGCUCAAAUGAUAGCACUCCUGUCAAGAAACACGCAAAGAAAGUUGCAGACGCUCUGCAAGGAAUCAUAACCUUUGCGCAAGUUAUGGAGCUGGAAAACGAGUGUCUAGUAGAAUUUCCUCGCAAAGUAAAUACAGAUGACUACAAGAGAUUACAAGGCAGGCCACAACACAACUUUAAGGACUGCUUUGACAACUUUUCUUCAAGAUUCUUUGACCCAAAGAGAUACAAGAAAUGUAAUCCUAUAAGACCACAAGUCACCAUCUCUUCAAACAAAAAGGAUCCAGGAGAACUAAAGGUACCUACAACCUUUAACCCUUGCAUAUACCCCGACUAUCGCUAUUUUGAAACGUACAAGGAACCAUAUUCAUAUCUCCACUCUGGCUUCCCCUCGUUUCAACACCCAUACUCUGCUGAGCUUAAUGCUCUCAACUGGUCAGAAGAUACGACUCUGCAUUCCCACACAGGGAAGAAGAUAACUGGAGGUGGCACCCUAUUCAAGAUGACGGAUGAUACAAUCUACGAACGGGAAUGUAAAUAUACACUCGUGGAUGAUGUAAAAGGGCUCAAGAAAAUGAUUGCAACACUAAAAAAGGAAAAGAUUAUUGCGGUGGAUGUAGAACAUCACAGUGAGGAGACAUUUCGCGGAUUUGUAUGCCUGGUCCAAUUUAGUAGCUCCAAGGAGGACUGGAUUGUGGACCCCUUUAAGAUUUUUGGCUCCAUGAACCUUUUGAAUGAGGUCAUGACGGACCCUGAGAUUCUCAAGGUCUUUCAUGGAUCAGAUAAUGAUAUAAUUUGGCUCCAGAGAGAUUUUGGAGUUUAUGUCGUCAACAUGUUUGACACAAAGGCUGCUGCCGAAGUUUUAAAGGUACCAGGAAAGCGUUCCUUGGACUACCUGUUGAUGAACCUUUGCGGUGUUCGUAUAGACAAGUCUUAUCAGACUGCAGACUGGCGUAAGAGGCCUUUGCCUCCAGAGAUGUUAAAAUACGCCUGCGGGGACACACACUACUUGAUUAAAUUGUAUACUAUACUAAAGAAUCUAGCCUUGGGAAUGGAGGAUGGAAGAGAAAAGAUUAUUCAGAUUAUGAAGAACGGCAAGCACAUUUGCCAGAGGCAAUAUUCUGAAAAGAAUCCAAAACUCAUUGCCAUGGCACGUUCCAUCGGUAACAAAUAUGGUAUUCCUGUUGACAAACUCAAUCGCAUAUCUUACAACUUGUUGUUUAACCUCUUGGUCUUUAGAAAUAUCGCUGCCAGAACACUCGAUGAAUCAGAGAGUUUACUCCUCUCUGAUAGGAACAUUGCCACCAUUGUACGAAGGGCAAACUCUGGAUCAUUUCAACGCUUCGCCAAGGCUGCCUAUCCUUGUCUGGUCAACCUUGGCCCAGAAAUUGCAUAUAUCAUAAAACUCAGAAAUACAAUAUUUGACUUGUUUUCUGGAGUUGAAGAGGGCAAAAUCGAAAUCAAGCAUCAAGUAAACCUCGAGUUGGCCAAGGAUUUGUCUCAAUUCAAGCUAGGAACUGACAAUGAAGAGGUUAAUGUAAGCCGCGGCAGCCCUAGUGAAUCUUCUGGCAAGAUGGAUACGUCGACUAUUAGCAGUACCCUGGAGAUUUACAAAAAGUUUGUCCAGGACGGGCUGUUCAAUAGCGUAGCCCCUGUGAACAUUGACAUUAGCGGACUCAGAGGUCUGGUAAAACAUGAAACGCCACGCAUCGCAACACAAGAGACCAGUGUCGUAAAACGUUCCCUUGCAGACGAAGGAAACGUUCAACCUCCUUGGAAGAGGAGAAAUUUGAAAUUUUAUCACUAG